AUGCUAUCGAACCCUUCUCGCAAGGAAAAUAAGACAUCAUCGUCUCUCUCUGCGAGAACAAUCCCGGAGUAUUCUCAGAAACAACGACACUUGUCGCCUAGUAACGGCAUGCCAAUUCGCCGCGGUGCGAGGGACGCUGAAAGCGACGAUGGUGACUGCAACGAUACCGUGAGGACGGAUAAGGAGGAGGAGGAGGAGGACCUCCGACCCCACCCCUCACCCGCAAAGCACUGGACAGAGUGGGCUCCGCGGCUCUCCUCAAGCUCCACUGCAUCUCUCUACAUUCCUUCGUCUGGACUGUCAGAGGCAUCAAUACCACACGGAAAGCUGGCGUCCACAGAGCGUGAAUUAGAGUGUACCAAGGAGUUGUUGCUGCAAUAUAAGCAUUACGUGGAACGGCGCUUGUUUCUGCACAUUCAGAAAAUAGAGAAGGAAUGUGCAAAACACAGUGAGCUAUGCAAACGUCUGAAACGCGACAAUGCGUUGCUUCUGGAAGAGCUUGAGCGGUAUCGUGCGUCGAGGACAUCGAUGGCAGUACCUUUUUUGUCCAAUGGGAUUGAGCGUCAACCACACUCACCCCCGUUGGGGUAUUUGUGUCAAGCUGCAUCCGUUUCUUACCCAUCACCGCUGGCGCCACCACCGCCGCCGUUACCAAAGAGUGAGGAUUCAGCGAAAGAGAUGCUACAUAUGCUGCGAAGCCAUGAAUCAAGACUCCUAGGGCAGCUUAAAGAGGAGAGGACUGCACGUGAACGGCUGGAGGUGGAACAUGCCGCUGCGGUGCGACAGUUGCAGGAGCAGGUGGCAGAGCUGGAGGGGAAGAUGCGUGUGGGCAUCGAUGCGGUCACCAUUCAGACCCUCCGUAAGGUUCUGGCACGGCGGGACGACGAGAUCCGUAAGCUACGGAAGCUGCAUGGCUUCUCUAUUGUGGAGGCGUUGGAGGAAGGCAGUCCACAGGACUUUGAAAACAGCUUUAUAGCUGAAUUGAGGCUAGCAGCGAGGGAUGCUGUAGAGUUCGUCGCCGCCAUGACUGCAACAACCACCGACAUGGGUGAUACUUGCAGAACCGACCUUCAUUUGAAGGAGGUUGAGGAUUUGUGGGGGGAGGUGCUUCGUGUCACCGCCUCUCCUCCAGAUGACUCGUCCAAGCUGCCGCAGCAGCUAUGGCCAUUGAUGGACAUAGGAAAGUCGCUGCGUUGCGCCAUAGUGGCGGAGCACAAUCAGCUGGCUCUCUUUGUGGGACAACUACUUCAGGGAAUGGAAGAGGUGCGAGGCACCCUCGCACGAGAGCAGCAGGAGCGGCAGGUGGAUGGAGAUCGUCUACGCGCAAUGCAAGCUGAAAGCACUGCGUUGGUGCAGCGGUUGCCACAGGAGUUGGGCGAGACGGCACAGUGCUCCCCAUCGAGGGUGGCCCAAACUGAGGCGGCUGAGUUGCACAAGAGACAGCAUUCUGUGUCGCCGACUGUCACGCGAAGUUCUGACGUUGCCACACAAACGCUGCCUUCUGCUCAGCUUUCACACUUGCAAAACAGUGGGGCGACCAGUCUGCUUGUUCCUCACAACGCGGCCUACAAGCCAAUAUCAACUGAUUUGGGACACCUCCUGCAUGAAAUGGAAGCCCUUGAGCGGGACAACGCCGCAAAAUCUGCACUUAUUGCCAAAUUGCAACAUCAGCGAGAACGUUUCUUGGGCGACGUGGAUGCAGAGCUUGCGGUGAGUCUUCCUACAAGAAAAGCCAUGACAAACUCCUUCGCUCAGUACCUUCUUGAGUGA